AUGAAUGCCCAAGUCGGACCCAAUGACAAUGACAUGGACAGUGAUCUCGACUCGCUCUACGAUCCAUUUGGAGAGGAAGUAGAACUCCCAGAUGACCCAGGUGCCUUGGACUCAGAGUCAUCUGCAAACUCAGACACCUCAGACACGGCCGGCUCUUUCGACCCGCAAGCUCAGCUCCUUGAAGACCUCGAGUCCGACCUGAACAGCCUCACCCUUGAAGCCGAAAUCAUCCUAUCCCGCCAACCCAGAAGCACUCAGCUCAUCCUCGCCAGGGAAACAAAGGCCCUAUUCAAGAGCUACGAGAAGUAUGGCUCCAUGGCUCGCUUGAGAGUGGGGGUCGAGAAAUUCCUUCGCCUGGGCGACGAAAGAGGCAGACUCCGCAUCGAAGACGACGACGAGAACGACGAGAAUGACUCUCCGUCCAUGACACUCCAACCAACGCGGCCCAAACGCCCAGCUCACUACGGCGAAGCCUUCAUGCUCAAUUUCACCUCCGACGACGAUGCCCCUAAAUUCAACGCCGAGACCGACUUCAUCACCCCUCCCGUCAAAGACCCCUUCAACCCCAACCCUAAUAGCUACAUCCAUCACCCUCUCCGCAUCAUCGACCCGGACUGCAUCCCCUACGUGACAACCCUGCCGUGGGACCCGAUCGCCACGAAGAUAACCUGGCCCGCCCAUCUCGCCUGGCCGCGCGGGUUCCUCAGCGCCAUCAACAAGAUCCUCAGCAUCGUGGACCAAGAAUCCCGCGUCCGCCUCUUCCACCAUGUCACCAAAUGGGGUCCCAGCCCGGUCUUUCGCGCGGGAAUCGCCGAGCAUGUGAAGGCCCAAUACUCGACCAUCUUCGAGACGGCCGAGGAGAAUUCCCUAGGAUUGACGCCCGAGACGAGAUCGUUCCUGCGGGACAUCUACUUCAAGAAACAGUACCUCAACAUUGCAGAACGCAGGAUGUUGGCUCUCGCGUGCAGGAUCAACGAGGAGUCCGUGAAGCUUUUCUGGGAGGAGACAGCCGAGCAGUUGAGGGGGUAUGGAGCGAUGCGGACGUUCAUGGCGGCCAGAGAGAUUGAGAAACCCCGCGAGGCGAGGAGGAAGUUCGAGGACGAGACGCGACUCAAGGAGCAGAAGCGCAGGGAAGAGGUCCGGAGGGAGCAUGAGAGGCGGGUGCUCGAGUUGAGGGCUGGCCGUGCCGACCCCCACGCUCUGCUCUAUUUCCAGGUUGAUGGCGAAGCGAACGUGCAGCAUGCCGGCAGGGGAACGGCCAACGACUGA